AUGAUUACAGCCCUCAAUGGAUUACCUUCCAAGUACGAUAUGAUCAAGACAGUUCUCAUUGCUCGAGAUACUUCCAUUUCUUUCAAAGAGUUUGGCACUCAGCUUUUAGUUGCUGAACAAUCUGUCGAAUCGCCCCUUUCAACUCUUCAUACUCCUAUGGUGGCCAUGAUUGGUCAUACUUCUUCUAGCUCUCUCAAUCUAGGCACUGGUAUCCUUCCCACUCCCUCGACUGUUCCUAUAUCUCCUUCUGGUCUUCAUGCCAAUGCUCAGCCCUCUAGUUCUAUGUCUAAGUCUUUAGGCAAAGGACAAUUUUCUGGCUCCAGACCGUCUCAUGGUGUUUUCCAAAGACUGGUGUUGUGCCAGAAUGCCAAAUUUGCAACAAGUGUGGAUAUAGUGCUAUCAACUGCUACUAUAGGAAUGUUUCUCCUCAACACUCAGCCUCAUCAUUUGUUAUUGAGUGUCAAAUCUGUGGGAAACGUGGCCAUGGGGCUUUGGAUUGCUUUCAUCGCUCAAACUACAUGUAUCAAGGACAAAGCAACAAACCAAGUUCUUCUCAGGGGCAGGAGCAAUAAAGGCAUAUAUCCUAUACUUGGUGCAGUUUCUCCAAUCAAUUAUUCUUCUCUAGCUUAUGGUUCUUUUUCUCCAGCUACUGCUUAUGUGGGCCAACAAAUCAAAUCAUCUAUGUGGCAUAGUAGGUUAGGGCAUCCUACUAAUGAGCUGAUUUCUCUCACAGCAAAUCUGAUAGAGAUUAUUUUCACAGCACAGCAAUGCCAAACUGGCCCUAAGCAUCUAAGAAUAUUUGGUUUUGUUGUGUAUCCCAGUUUGAGGUCCUUAACUAUGCAUAAGCUUCAGCCUCGAUCUUCCUUAUGUAUGUUUUUAGGCUAUAUGCUGGGCUAUACGGGUGUCAUGUGUUAUAAUAUGGAAAAUCACAAGGUUCUUAUUUCUAGGAAUGUUAUCCAUGAUGAAAGUAUAUAUCAUUUUAAAGGUCAUAAGGUGUCUCCUUCUCAGGACACUUCUUCAGUUUCUUAUAUGCCUAUAAGUGUUCCUUCAAGUGUAGUUUUCGUCACCUCUCAUACAAAUCCUACACCACAUAUUGUACCUUCUAUCUCAACAUCCACAGAGGAGUUUUCUUCUUCUCAAGCCCUUGAGACUUCUAUACUUGCAGUUCCUACUUUGCCAGUUUUAUGUGAAGCUCAGUUGGAAGCUUUACUCCCUCAUAUACCAUCAUCUAGUUCUUCUGAGGUUGUUCCCGACUCAUAUAGUUCCUCUAGCUCUAAUGAUUCAAAUCAUGCUAAUGAUCAUCCUAUGGAAACUCGAGUAAAGUCCGGUAUUAGCAAAUACAAGGAUUUCUCAUAUUAUCAUUGUUUUAGUUCGACUUUUUUGCCUUCUUCCAAACUAGAGAUGAACCUGCCAGUUAUAAAAUUGCUUCUUACUCCUCGGAAUGGACAAAAGUUAUGCAAGAAGAGAUUGCAGCUUUACAUAUGCAAGGCACAUGGGUUUUAG